AUGGUCGUCAAAGAUGUAACCCAGCCGUUUUUGGCUGGCUGCUCUGGUCGCUUAUCAGGCCAAGCAAGCGCUGAAGCAUGUCACACCCGCCGCAGAUCGCAAAACUCUUCAGUCAGUGGACAGCAGCAGACACCUCUGUCGUUAUUAACUAAGCGAAGGGAGCAGUCCUGUGGCCAUUCCUUCAAGGCUUGA